AUGCGGGAGGGGCUACCGGGAGGAAUCGGAGAGCGCGGGCGCGGAGGUGGCGGGAUGCGGGGGGUGGAGGAGGUGCGGGGCGGGGGAGCUUGGAGGCGCAUUACAUGCGAGUCGGGGGUUACUUCUGGGAGAGUGUUGGGUGCGGGUCGUCGUAGCGUGGUCUUGCUGGGGUGGUGGGUGGGCGCCGUCCGCAUUUGGGGUCUAAGGUGCGGGGCGUUUCGGCGUUAUGUGUCCCGUUGUGGUCGGACGCCGGUUUGGUGGGGUGUGUGCGGGGCGGGGUUUCUGGCAGUGAGGUGCCCAGUGCCGGGCCCGAGGGCGGGGGGUCGUUCGGGCGGGGUGGGAGGGGUGACGGGGUCCUGUCGGGGCGUCGUGGGGGUGGGCUUGGGCUGGCGGAAAGGAGAAAAGGGGGUUGGGGGGCGGCCUGACCCGGUGACCGGUGGUUGGGGGUGCCAGGAGCGUGCGGAGUCGGUUGUGGGAUAA